AAGAAAGUAACUAUUCGUGUGUGUUUAUAAAUUACAGUUCUUUGGUGUAAAAUGGAAAAUACACGCUAAAUGUCACCUCCUUGGUAGCGAUCAGACCUUCUUUGGCGACAUGGAUUUUGCUGUGAGAGUGAAUCUGUAAACAGCCCGUCAACGGAUUGAAGAAUUAAUUGACAGUGUAUGUAGACGCGAAGAAGGUGGGAAUCGUGGGAGAGGACGAGACAGAUUUGAUAAUCGUGGUAACCGCAAUGGAAAUCAAGAAUAUGGAGGAGGGGGCGGCGGUGGAUGGGGCGAAGAGAGGCGCUCUCAACAGCAGCCACCUCAAGAAGUCACUUUUAUUGUGCCCAGCUCAAAAUGUGGCGUUAUAAUAGGAAGAGGGGGCGAAACGAUAAAGCAGAUCAAUCAGCAAUCUGGGGCACAUUGCGAGUUGGAUAGAAGGUCUCAAAACCAACAGGAGAAGACCUUCAUCAUACGAGGCGAUCCGGAUCAAAUUGAGACAGCUAAGCGGAUCAUAAGCGAAAAAGUACAAAUACCCCUGAAUUUCGUUUCUGCAGGAGUGAGUAACAAUCUACCUACUGCGUACCCUGGAAUGGCGCCACAAAAUUAUCCACCACAAAAUUGGGGAGCGCCGGCUUUUCAACAGCAGUGGGGAGUCCAAUCUGUGGGAAACGAAAAUCCUCCGCAAACGUCCACUUCUGUGCAAUUGAAUCCGGUAACUGGUCAACCAGAUUAUUCACUUCAAUGGGCAGAGUAUUAUAGAUCCUUGGGAAUGCUCAGGGAAGCUGAAGUAAUCGAACAGCAGGCAAAAACUAAAGGAGUAACAGCAGCCACAUCUCAACCUGCACCAGCCCCUGUUGUUCCCGCAGUGACUGCAGCCGUUCCUAAUCAAGUUACAUCGAAUUCGAAUGGUUCUCAGCCAGACUACAGUGCCCAGUGGGCCGAGUAUUACAGAAGCUUAGGCAAACAUAAAGAAGCAGAAGCAAUAGAAUCGCAAAUGAAAGCUAAGGCUGCUGGUGCACCACCCUCACAACAAAUGCAAACAGCUCCAUCUGCCGUUCCCAAUGCUACCGGACAGGCUCCACCAGGAAAUGUCUACCAACAAAACUAUGGUGGUUAUCAAGCUGCCGGAGGGUAUUAUGGGGGUCAAACACAAAAUACAAACCCCCCACCUACGAUGCCACAAGGACAAUACACCUUCUCAGGUUACGGUUAUCCACAAUCGAAUAGCGGACAAGACAAUUGAAUAUGAUCAAUGCAUCAUAUGAUUAAUUACAGAUUUUAGCAGAUACCGGAUGUGAAUUGUGAACAGCAUAUGUGGAGUUAAUUCAUGUACUAGUAUUAAGAGUUUUAUUUAAUAGAUUAUUGAAAUCUAAAUAAUAAGUUCUGUAACUAUGGUA